AUGCUUCCAGUACAGAUAUUAAAGCAGAAUGCUCAAGAAGAACGAGGUGAGGGAGCACGUUUGUCAUCGUUUGUUGGUGCAAUUGCAAUUGGUGAUUUGGUGAAGUCUACAUUAGGACCGAAGGGAAUGGACAAAAUCUUGCUAUGUGGUGAAGGUGAAUCACAGCAAGUACAAGUAACGAAUGAUGGGGCUACCAUUUUGAAAGCCAUUGGUGUUGACAAUCCGGCUGCCAAAGUUCUUGUUGAAAUUUCGAUGACACAAGAUUCGGAAGUAGGUGAUGGAACAACAUCAGUGGCCGUUCUUGCUGCUGAACUAUUAAAAGAAGCCGAACGAUUGAUUGCCGCCCGAAUUCAUCCGCAGACAAUCAUUGCUGGCUAUCGUCGAGCUUUAAAAAUAGCCCAAGAUGCGCUCCGUGCAUCGGCGAAAACUUCUUCGCCAGCAGAUAUGCGUGAUGAUUUGUUAAAAAUAGCUCGAACAACAUUAGGCUCCAAAAUUUUAGCACAGCAUAAGGAACACUUUGCUCAACUUGCCGUUGACGCUGUAUUGCGUUUGAAGGGUUCUGGAUGUCUAGAAUCAAUUCAGAUUAUCAAAAAACUAGGUGGUUCGAUGGAUGACAGUUAUCUGGAUGAAGGAUUUUUGCUUGAGAAACGUCCAGGCAUGUACCAACCAAAAAAAGUUGAAAAUGCAAAAAUUUUGAUUGCUAACACACCGAUGGAUACCGAUAAGGUGAAAGUCUUCGGUUCAAGAGUCCGCGUGGAUUCUGUAGCCAAAGUUGCAGAACUGGAAGUUGCUGAAAAACAGAAAAUGAAAGACAAGGUGAAUAAAAUCAUAGCACACAAAAUUAAUGUAUUUAUCAAUCGGCAGUUGAUUUACAACUAUCCGGAGCAGCUCUUUGCAGACGCUGGUGGUGAAAUUGUGUCAACAUUUGAUUCACCUGAAUUAGUUAAACUUGGUUCAUGCAAUCUUAUCGAGGAAGUUAUGGUUGGUGAGGAUCGGCUGCUGCGAUUUUCUGGUGUCCCUAUCGGAGAGGCAUGUAGUAUUGUUCUUCGUGGUUCUACGCAACAAAUUCUUGAUGAAGCAGAACGAUCGCUUCAUGACGCGUUAUGUGUCUUGGUGACUCAUGUUAAAGAAGCACGCACAGUCUCUGGUGCUGGGGCAUCCGAAAUUUUGAUGAGCACAGCAGCGAUGUUCGAAAGUCAGAAGAUUGCUGGGAAAGAAUCGCUUGCUGUUGAGGCAUUCGCCCGUGCGCUGGCACAGUUACCAAAUUACAUUUGCGAUAAUGCUGGUCUGGAUAGUGCAGAAAUUGUGUCGAAGUUACGUGCUUUCCAUAGCAAUGGCAAUCAUUCCAUGGGAAUUGAUAUUGAAAAAGGCGAGCCGGGAGAUGUUAUUGAAAAGGGACUGAUCGAGUCGUUGAGUGUAAAGCUGUGCAUGAUUUCCAGUGCAGCAGAAGCAGCGGAGCAGAUACUUCGUGUGGAUAACAUCAUCAAAAGUGCACCACGACAACGAGUACGCGACCGUAGACCUUGUUAA